AAAGUAAUUAAUUAGUGAAUACACCAUGUUGUCCCGUAGUAGCAGGCUGUUAUGUCGGCGCUACUCUCAGGCUGUCAAUUUUAGAACAAAUGAGUUGUCUCCUACCCAACACAAUGACGAUCAAAUCGGUCUUUUCUAUACAUUAAAGCCGGAAGUAUGUAAGCAACUGUUCCAACAUGGCGGGUUUCCCAAGAGCUUCAUGAAACAAACUAAAACAUUUACAGAAACCACUCUGAUGGUGCGUCGGCCUGCAAUUGACCUAAUGAAUUGUAUAAAAGCUUCGGACCUUAACAAACCAGUUAUUCGAUAUGUUUUAUAUGGUGAAAAAGGAACGGGAAAGUCUUUAACAAUGGCCCACCUUCUACAUUAUGCGCAUGAAGAGGGCUUUUUAAUUGUCCAUGUACCCUGGGUAUCCGAGUGGCUACGGCGCGUACCUCGCCACAAGGAAAUGUCAAACUCGCAGUCGCACGAGGGCUUUGUGGAUCUGCCACUAGACGCCGCCACUUGGUUGCUACACUUCAAGAACCAGAACCAGACACUACUUAAGAAUGGAGAGCUAAAUAUAAAUAAAGAGUAUGUAUGGAGUAAAAGAGAAAAGACUGAAGCGGGUGCUCCAUUAUCUGAACUUGUUGAACAUGGAAUAAACCGCGUGAAGUACGCUUGUGACGUCAUUGAUGCCUUGAUCUAUGAAAUUAAGCAGCUGUCUGAAAGUAGAAAGUGCAAAACAUUUGUAGCCAUUGAUGGGUUUAACAGCUUUUUCUAUCCAUUGACGCGGCUUAGCACUCCCACCAAGAAGACUGUAAAACCUGAGGAAGUCACACUUACUAGCUCUUUUAAAGAACUAACGAAAAAUAAUUGGACAAAUGGAGUGAUUCUUCUCACAGCUGAUCAACUUGCUGUACCUGAUGACCACCAAGAAAGUUACUUGCCAAAAUAUUUAUUACGCAAAGAGGGAUUUGACCAUUUGGACCCUUUUGUACCAGUAGAAGUGAGAAGAUACACCGACAAGGAGUACCUAUCUUGUGCCAGCUACUACAGAGAUCGUCUGUGGCUCCGUGGCCCUCCUGAGAUCGAUACUGAACUCAAGUUCACUAGUGCUUGCAACCCUUUUACAUUUAUGGAGCAAUGUGCACCACUGUAAUUUGAAUACUUUAGUUUUUAAAUCUUGUUAAAU